CUUUAGUAAGUUCUGAAAUUUGCUCUUGAAACAAAGGUCUUGAGUUACAAAGAUUGGAGAAGUACAAAUUGAAUAAUACUUGUGUGUGUCCUCUUAAAAUGGACAAAGAAGUUCCUUCCACAUCCAAGGCUUCAUGCCCAGAAAAACGUUUGGAAAUAACAAAGUGGGAUGCUAUGGCUACUUGGACCUGGGAUAUAGCAGUGGACAAUUGUGCCAUUUGUCGUAAUAAUAUUAUGAAGCACUGUAUUGAAUGCCAAGCUUCCCAGGGACAAGAACCAAAUGGGGAAUGUAGUUCUGCAUUGGGUGUAUGUAACCAUGUCUUUCAUUUUCACUGCAUUUCCCGCUGGCUGAAAACUCGUAACGUAUGCCCACUUGAUAAUACUCCGUGGGACUACCAGAGUAUGGGAUCAUAAGGGUUUUUGCAGUUGAUUGCAUAUAGUUACAUAUAAGCUUAUAAAAUACAUUUAUUAUAUAUUUUUAAAUGCUUUUAAUGCGAUGAAAGCACUUAAUAGUGCAUAGUUUCAUAAUUAAA